AGCUUUUAGCUGCCAGCCCUGGCCCAUCAUGUAGCUGCAGCACAGCCUUCCCUAACGUUGCAACUGGGGGAAAAAUCACUUUCCAGUCUGUUUUGCAAGGUGUGCAUUUCCACCUUGAUUCUCUGAAAGUCCAUCUGCUGCAUCGGUCAAGAGAAACUCCACUUGCAUGAAGAUUGCACGCCUGCAGCUUGCAUCUUUGUUGCAAAACUAGCUACAGAAGAGAAGCAAGGCAAAGUCUUUUGUGCUCCCCUCCCCCAUCAAAGGAAAGGGGAAAAUGUCUCAGUCGAAAGGCAAGAAGAGAAACCCUGGCCUUAAAAUUCCAAAAGAAGCAUUUGAACAACCUCAGACCAGUUCCACGCCACCUCGAGAUUUAGACUCUAAGGCUUGCAUUUCUAUUGGAAAUCAGAACUUUGAGGUGAAGGCUGAUGACCUGGAGUCUAUAGUGGAACUGGGGCGAGGUGCGUACGGGGUGGUGGAGAAGAUGCGGCACGUGCCCAGCGAGCAGAUCAUGGCGGUGAAGCGGAUCCGGGCCACUGUAAAUAGCCAGGAGCAGAAAAGGCUACUGAUGGAUUUGGACGUUUCCAUGAGGACGGUGGACUGUCCAUUCACCGUCACCUUUUAUGGAGCUCUCUUCCGGGAGGGUGAUGUGUGGAUCUGCAUGGAGCUCAUGGACACGUCGCUAGAUAAGUUCUACAAACAAGUGAUUGAUAAAGGCCAAACAAUUCCAGAGGACAUCUUAGGCAAGAUAGCAGUUUCUAUUGUAAAAGCUUUAGAACAUUUACACAGUAAACUCUCUGUCAUUCAUCGAGACGUCAAGCCCUCUAACGUGCUGAUUAACGCCCUGGGCCAAGUGAAGAUGUGUGACUUCGGAAUCAGUGGCUACCUGGUGGACUCUGUUGCUAAAACAAUUGAUGCCGGUUGCAAGCCAUACAUGGCCCCUGAAAGAAUAAACCCAGAGCUCAACCAGAAGGGAUACAGCGUGAAGUCUGACAUUUGGAGUCUGGGCAUCACCAUGAUUGAACUGGCCAUCCUCCGGUUUCCCUACGAUUCCUGGGGGACCCCAUUUCAGCAGCUCAAACAGGUGGUAGAGGAGCCGUCGCCACAGCUGCCCGCAGACAAGUUCUCCUCACAGUUUGUUGACUUUACCUCACAGUGCUUGAAGAAGAAUUCCAAAGAGCGGCCUACGUAUCCAGAGCUUAUGCAACAUCAAUUUUUCACCCUACAUGAAUCCAAAGCAACAGAUGUGGCAUCUUUUGUGAAAUUGAUUCUUGGAGACUAGAGAGCAAUGGACUUAAAUUGGUUGACCCUACUGUGGAUUGGUGGGUUUAUGGGAUGAAGCAAGUUCACUACAGCGCCAAGAGAAAGUCAUCUUUGAGAUAAUUUUGCCCUGCCUCUCUGAGGGUUCUCUCUCUCUCUCACUCUUUUCUCUUCUUUUUCCCCUCCUAAGGGGGCCUUGGAAUCUAUAGUAUAGAAUGAACUCUCUAGAUGGAUGAAAUAUGAUAAAGGCUUAGGACUUAAAAAGGUGAUUAAAUAUUUAAUGAUGUGUCAUAUGAGUCCUUAAGCUUCUCAGAUUUCUCUUGUUCUUUAUGGAAUGAAUGCAUUGGCCCUGGCAAAAAGGUGCUACAGUAGUGAUGAAACUGUAAGUAGAUUUGUAGUUUGUCCCAUUUAUUAUUUUAAUAUUUAUGUUUAAGCGCUUGGUUGGAAAGAUCCCACUUUACACAAGAAGACAAGGUUGGGUUGGCAAUAUUUAUAGGGCUUUUAUUUUUUAAGUUCGAUCAUGUCUAUGGUCCAGAAGAAAUUAUUUAAUAUGCAUCUUUAAGAAUAUUAUAAAAAAUCUCAAAAAAAAAAAAAAAAAAAAAAAAAAAAAGGAGCUCUUCCUGUGAAAUGUCUCUUCCUCUCUCCCAGACUUCAACUCCAUGUUGGGUGAUGACCAUGUGUUUUAAGUGAGGUGUUGAGGUAUCCUAUUCCUGAUCUUUUUCCAAAUUUGGAAAACAUAAAAAUCACUUUUAUCACAGCUCAAAGAAAUAAGUUUGGUUCUCUUGACAUUUGUGGUAUAGUAUUCAGUGGAAAGUGAUUUGUGAUGUGAUUUUAUAUCUACCUGUCUAUCCAUCUCUGUGUGUGUGUGUGUGUGUGUGUGUGUGCGCACUUGGUAAAUCAAGUUCCACCAAGGGGCCUCUGUGAACAUCUGUAUUCUGUAGGAAGGUCAUGUGUUGGUCAUGAGGAGAGAUUGCACACCACAGAGAGAAUCGCGGUGCCUUCUUCUGCUUCUGGUCCUCUUGCCGUGGAGACGCCCCAAGGAUGAUCUUUGUAAUCAAUUUGCUUUUUUCCAUUUGCUUGUUUUCCUGUUCAAUGAAGAAGCCUUAUUAUGAGUGGAAGGGCUACAGCUGUAGAGAAUUAAAGGCUGUCAGUUGUUCCAUGAUACAAUGAACAGGUAAUGGAAGGCUGAAUCAGUUCCUAGGUACAGACUGCUCCAUUUCCACACCUUGUUCCUAAGCAGCUGGCAAUCUAGCAAGCUCCACCCUGAAUUCCAAGCAGGUUGACUUAGUGAAAAAAAAAAAAAAGAGUUCUUUGCCAUGGCUAAAGACACUACAGGUGUCUGAUAUGGGGCUCUUGAUUUCUCAAGGACCAAGGGGUGAAAUGAUUGAUGGAGAAAAUAUAGACUUACACUAGUAACUAGGAACCAAUUCUUUUGGACAUUGUGUUUAUAUAAAGUAACUCUUGGAAUACAAAGACAAAGGAUGUUGAUUGAUUAAAAAUAAAAAAGGAGAAGAAGAAGAAGAAAGAAAGGAAGGAAUGAAGGAAGGAAACUAUGCUUUCUUUCCUUGUCUCAAGUUCUCUGAUCUGGAGAGGAUUGCUCCUUCAAAUCCUCCUUCCCAUUUCGGAUUUUUGAAGUGCAAUAGUGCAUUAUCUGUUUGUAUUGUUCUGUCUUGUUCUUGACCUCUUGCUCAUGGAAGUUGCUCAGAGUUGAGUAGGACACUUUCAUUCCUUCCUCAUAUUCUCUUUUGGGACAUAUCUGUUUGAUUCAACAUUGGCUUCAUCUGCUUCAAAGCUACCUCUGCCUUCAUUUUUUAUUUAUUUCCUAGCCAGAAAAGGUGCAUUAUCCUUGUAAUUAGAGCCAUUCAGUUUCCCACCCACCUUUCUAAAGCUGGAAGUUCCUCUUCUUUGAGACUGAGAGAAAAAUUGCAACUUUAUUCCUGCUCUGUUUACCCAUUUUAUGAAAUCAGAAAGUACUAGGAAAGUCAUCUAGGGUCACUCUAUUAUAGCUUUCUUUCUUUUCUUCUUCUUCUUCUUUUUUUUUUUUAAUGGGUGGUAAUAUUGUAGAUUGAACCCAGGGAUAUUUUACCGUAGAGACCCACACUCCCACUCCUUUUUCUUUUUUCUUUUAAGACAGGGUCUUGCUACGUUGCUGAGGUGGAUCUCAAUCUUGCAAUCCUCCUGCUUCAGCCUUCCUGGUUGUUGGGAUUACAGGCAUUAUGCCACCACGCCUGGCUUUGUUUUAGCUUUUGCUAAAAUGUAGGAAGCAAAUCAUCUCCCUGGCCUGCGUCAGGUUAUGCCUGCCUGUUUGUCUCCUUUGAAUCAUUCUUAACAAAAAAAAUAUGUUUCUCAUUUGUAUGCCUCUCUAAUCUGUGGGCCCAGGGCCAGAACUGCCAAAACAGUCAUAGUUGAGUAGAGAAGGUGGUCUGUGGUUGUCAACCCUGGUACACUAUGGAACUCUGGAGGAGCUUGUACAUACUGUCAAUGCUAAAGCCCCACAGCCACCAGAGACCUAGAUUUAAUUGGUCCAUGGUGAGGCCUGGGAAUUGGGAGGUUUCUCAAGCCCUUGUGUGAUUCGGAAGUGCAGCAGGGUUGGGAACAUUGGACUAGUAGUACCUUUUAGGGAGAUAACCGACUUAAAAUCACCUUCUCUUUAAGUUUUGCAGAGACUUACAAGCGAUUAUAAAGAGGAAAAAAAAGCUGCCGUUUCUUUUCCUGUCCUCCCCCUUUGGAAUAUCCUUGUCACCACCAGGAAGCCAUGUUCCUGGUGAUCUGAAAUUUGAAAUACCUUUUCCCCAGAAAAGCAGUAUUCUACGGUGGUGGUGAUUAGGUAUCUCAUGUACUAAGGAACAAUGGCUCGAUAGCCCUAGGAGUCUAAAUUUUAAAGCCUGGUUUUUAUUUUUCAAGAACCACGUGUAAAUCCUUAACAACCGACUUAAAACGACGACAACAACAAGAUACACAAGCUGUGUCUGUCAGGAGUUUCUUGUAUAUACAAGCAGAUAUGUAUAUAGAGAGGAAAAAGAUAUCUGUAUUCAGGAAUGAGACUCAGAUUAUUUAAUUGUCUGCCACCACAGGCCAUCUCAUUAUCAGCUCUGUAUGUAUCUAUCAAUGCAUUGCAGAAUCAGUAUAGCUCUACACCAGGGGUCAUGCUCAUUUUUACAGAGGUAUUUGAUUUGGUAUCAUAUAAUUGUCUGUGUAUGCAUUUUCUUGGUAUUUGUGAACAUACCCGUCUGUAUCCCUCUCUCUGCAUGUGUUGUUGAUUUAAAAGAUGUGCCAAAAACCUAAUGUGAAUGAUUUUUAAGACAAUUACUAUAUGUGUGUAUCUAAUAAUGAGUGUUGAUCUUCAGAGUAGCUACCUUGAGAGACUAUAUAUAUAUAUUUAUAUAAAUACUUUUACUAAAAUAUUUUUGUAAUUCUCUUUCCAAAAUUUAUUUCCUCCUCUAUAUCAUUACUUUAGAAUUACUGCCUUUUUUUCCCCCCAAAAUACUAGGUUGUCUCCAGUUUGACUCACCUGCCUGGUUUAUCUGAUUUAGCACCAAGUGGUGUUUGGCAAUUUCUAGAAAUUAAAUCUGCUCUCAGAGCUGAAGUUUUUAACAUCACCAUCGUCUAAUAGGCUUAGAAGAGAAUUUCAAAUGAAAAAUUUGCCCCAUCCUUCCCAAAAGUUAUGCCUGUUUUUAAGCACAAACAACCUUUUGUAAUAAGUUUAGGUCUCCCCUUAGUGGCUACUUUGAUGGAGGAGGAAAAAACUCACAUAGAUGUAUAUAUUGACAAAAUAUCAAGACAGUCACUGACUUUAUACAUGGUGUUCACCUAUUAGCCAUGAUUGAAAGCCUUGACCUGAAGGAAUGAUCCAUUAUUUUAAAGAUUGUAUGUGAUUACACUGAGAAGCUCAGAACCAAUUGGUUACACCAUAGCUUUUGUCUCAGUGAAGCCAUCUGAAAUGGAAAUGAGUACAUGUGGAUCCAGCUCAGAAUUGGUUGUGUAUUUCAGUUCUUGUGUGUCCUCCAAGCCUAAAGAAAAGCUCGCAUGUUCCAGGGGCUCCCAGACUUUCUGUUUGUGACACCAUUAGUCGACUUAGUAAUUUUUUCAAUGGUGCCCUUGCCCCAAAUACUUAACAGUUCAGUAUUUGAAGUAAUUAUGUUCUAACAGUUUAACAGUCGUAGUUUACUCUGUGUCCUGCAGAUGUCGCUCUGCUUCCUUCAAAAUUUAUACAACAUCUUAGCUUGUUUGUACAGUUUGCAGCAGGCCUCACAAUAUCUCAGUGAACAGUUUGCGGACCAGACAUCUAUGCUCUGCUGAUGUUUGCUCUGUCUACACUUAGUGACCUUCAAAGUCAAGUUCUUGUUCACUCUGGUCUCUAUAUUAUUUUGCUCUUUGUCUUGUUAUUAUUUUUUGCCUGUUUCUGGCUAAUUCACUUUUUAAUGAGAUUUACCCCCCCCCUUUUUUUGGCUAUAAUUCAUCAGUUCUGCUUUGUCAGAUGUUAUAAUCCACAAAAUAGAAUCAAUAUUGAUAAGCCCCAGCAUGAGAGAAGGCUAGUACAAGACAGGAUCUCUGAAUUUUCUAAAUGAAGUUGAUUUAAUGUUUGGAAUUUAAUCAGAGAGGGACUAAUUAGUUUUGUAAUUGUCUUUGUUGAGCAAGGGACUUCAUUAUCUCUGCUUAGAGGAAGUUUUCUGUUUCUCUCCAAAGUGUCUAACACAAAGCAUCUUUGGCCUGAAAAUACAAUGAAUAACUAGUUCCUAAUUUCCCACUCAAAUGUUCUUUUGCUAUGUAAUUCCCUCUGGCCUAAAAGUAAGAUUCCUAUAUUCAUAAAAUGCUUUGUAGCUGAUAUUCAGAUCAAGUAAAAUGAGUUAAACCUUUGUGCAUGGAUUUGGACUUCUUAAAAUCUAUGAUGACUUCAAGGAAUCUUCUACUUUUUUUUUUUUUUUUGAAUUAACAAGUAAAAAUGGAACUCAAGUAAAUGUCACCUUAGAAUUUUUAUUUAUUUUUUUAUAAUGGAAGGUAUAGUUUUCAGUUAGACCCCUGAGAGAAAACCUACAUAUUCAGAUGGAAAAAUGCCUGAUUAAAAUCUCAGAAGAGAAAGCCACCAAACUUAAUGGAUAAAAAAAGAGAGAUUUUAUUCUAGAAGUUACACAUUCCUCUUUCUUAGGGGUCUGUGUGUGUUUCAGCCUUGUUAAAUUUACUGACAGCUAAAGAUCCUCUCUGAUUUUUCUUUGGUUUUCCUUGGAGUAUUCUGGAUUCCUUUGGGAAUUUUUUAAAAGCUAGGACCUUUUCCCUAGGAAAAUGCACAUCAUACACGAAACACAUAAUUUUGCAAAUAUUUCUUUGUUGGGGACAGUUCCCUUAGGAUCAAUAGCUUUGUUCUUUAUAAUGUGACUGUGACAUCUAAGAACAGAUUGCCAGUCUUUCUGGGAAGGGCCAGACAGUAUGUAUUUUUGUGUUUCAUAUGGUCUUUGUUGCAACUACUUGGCUCUGCUGCUACAGUGUGAAAUUGUCCAGAAACAAUACAUAAAUGAACAUGGCUAUGUUCCAAUAAAACUUUAUUUAUAGAACCACGCAAUGGGCCAGAUUUGGCCCACCCAUGAUGGUUUGUCAACACCUGUCUUAGGCCAUCAAACACAAAGUUCUAAUUGAUUACACAAAAUAGAAUUUUUCUACCUAGUGAAUAUUUAGCUCAGCUGUUGCCAAAGGCAGAUUAGGAAGAUGGACAUAGGAAAAUUAAUUCAUAAAGGACGGAGACUGAAUUAAAGUUGUCUGUUAGUUUCCUUAUGCAAGCAUUAAUUGUUCUAGAAGCCAUUGGAAUAGUUUUCUACAGAUUAAACUGAGUGCUUAAACUUUCCAUUUCUAUGCAAUCACUACAUAACUGACUUCAAUUUGGAUAUGAAAGGCACAUUCUCUUAGGUGUUAACUGUACCCUUGGUUCUUAGCUUCUUCGUAUUUUCUUUUGCUGUGCUAUGAAUCACAUGCAAAAAGAAUCAUGAAUCCUAAUCAUUUUUGAACUGUAGUGGGAUUUGGGAAUGUGGUUGACCAAACUUCACUCAGAAGUAGGAGACAGAUAUAGUUCUUAACAUCUUUCAAUUCAUCCACCUCAUCUGUAAGGUUGUUUUGGGGUCAAAAUACUUAUGGUCAGGGGGCCUCAGAGCUGCAGGUUCUCAGUGUGAUGGGAGACUCCUGCCCAGCCAGCCCUUGUACAGUCCAUCCCCCGUGGACUUGGGGGGGAGUUGCUCUUCUUUUUAAAUCAUCAGCAAAUUUCUGUUUCAAGGGCCUGUUCAAAGUACUUCUUUCUGAUGUGAUGUUUGCUGGGUUUUCAGCCCUGGUUGAACUUCUGGGCCCCAAAGCCCAUGGUGACAGCUCUGCUCCCCCAUAGGCUGAGAACAGCUGGAUAGUGGGCCUCAGUGUUCGGGUCUUGGAUCCUCUGAGUUAUACAGAGUGCUGGCAGAUGAUGUCAGCCAUUGCCCUGAGCUUUCUUCUUUCUCCUGGAUCAAAACAGAACACAUCUUAAAGCUUUAGUCUCUUUAUUAUUAUUAUUUUCCUUCUGCAUCAUCAGGUGAACAUAAAUGACACUAGGAGACUCCUUAAGAGGGCAUUGGACUAGGUGAUUUACCUUGAAAAAGGAUUUCUCUUCUCCUAAGGACACACAACCUGAAUCCCAGAGACCUCAAUGAAAUUAUCCUCCCAGGGGAAGCUUACUGCCACCAAAUCCAACACUCACUACUUGUUUCUGGUGACGACAAAAAAGAGGUGUCCUUUUUCUGAGGUUAGAAGUCACUAUUUGCAGCUUUGCCAAUGUCCUUAUACCAUUGCAGGUUUUCCAAUUGAGUCCUUGGGAAUCAAGACUUUAGUUUGGGUUCAUCUUUUCAGUUCUUAACCCCCCAAUUCUUCUAAAAGCCUCUUUCUUUUCUUAAGUUAAAAGGACUUUAGUCUAAGCAGAAAUACAAAGAAAGGUCAAGGAAUUUUUGUUUUGAAGAAGCCGGUAUGUCCUUGUAACACAAACAUGUUAAUAGAGUUUUAAAGUAUUCAGCCUAAUUCCUUGAGACUUUCAGUAUCUUGUCAUUUGAACUUGGGCCCUGCACCCUUUGUUUUGAGGAGUUUACAGUUAGAAUUUGAGAUAUGGACAGGUUUUUAUCACUGUGGGCUGUUCAUCCCGGCAUGCUCUGGGUUUCCUCCAUUUUACACUUCAGUGCUCCUGAGGUCAGGGUCUCUUUCCAGCAACGAGGCUUUUAUGGUUGGAGAUCGAAUUCAGGGAAAGUGAGGACAAGGGUAGGUACUUACCUGUGUCUUGAUGUCGGAAACAGAGCUUCCUCAGUGAUCCCCAGUGUGGGUGGCUUAGGCCAGGCCAGCAGCCGUCUUCUGUCCUCUCUCAUGGUCUUUCCUUGGCUUUCGUCCUGGGAGGGUCAUAGGUGACCUGAGCUGACUUAACAUUUCUGUGCAAAGGAACUCAUCUGGUCAUUUUCAUAGACCAAUCAUUAAAACCAACAGUUGUGCACCUGUCUGUCUAAAUGAAAUCCACAUUGUUCCCAGUUUUUGAAAACAUAAAGGAUACCUGGGAGAACUAGUAAAAUCGUCAAAAAAAAAAAAAUUCUCAUUUGAAACCAGAGUCUUUAGAAUAAGAACUUCUGUUUGGUCUUUUCAGCAGAGUAGCUGAUUGGGCAUCCUGUUCUCUUAAGUAAUAGUCUGUUGUGGUCAGAAAUGAAUAAUUAGCAUCACUUGCUCAUUACCAACAUUUUCAUUGGAAUCACCAAUAUAUUUCAGCAAAGCAAAUCAGACCACUGUUUUAGGUGAUUGUCACUGGACUUGAGAGAUCAAGGCUGAACAGGAAUGUGAAGUCAUGCCUAGGGGCUGGGAGAAAAGAUUAAUGCAAACAGUGCUGUUCAAUUAGGAAGCCCUUGGAAGAGCAAGCUGACAGACAGGUGUGCCUUUGAAUUUACUUGCAGUAUUACAGCAUGGUAGACAUCAUCUCUUAUGGAAAAACUCAUCAAGAAGGUCAGCCUGUAUUAUUACUUUUUUUCUUAAAAAAUACUGAACUAUAUAAAGAUUCCAAGAGUGACCUUUAUUGAAAUGUCAGGAAUUUUGUUUGUUUGUUUCUCUAGUGUUGUUGAUUCUAAAGUUUUGCCAUUCUACACUGAUGGCAUCUACCCCAAAAGCCAACAGAGGCAUGAUCAGAUGGCUGAGGACAAGAAGCCUGAUGUUGAAAGUACUUUAAGAGCAUAUGGCGCACCCAUCAGCUGCUUUCAGAGUAGAGAAAUGUGAAUACAAAAUCUGAGCCCAUAACCUUCAGUUCAGAUGACUGAUCUUUGAGGAAGGGUGGAUGCCAAGGAAAGUUCUCGGAAGAGGAUACUUUCUUUCUUUUUUUUUCCUCACAAGGCAGAUUGCUGGAAAUGUUCUUAGAAAUACACUACAGGUGUCUGCCAGGAGAACGAGAGUAAUUGUAAAGUCCAGUACUCAAGGCUGAUUUGGAUUUUCGGAAGCAGCAACUUGGGGAGAAGUAGUUGUUUUAUUUGGUUCUCUUCUGAUGUCACCUUGUCUGUCCAAUCCUGUGUUCAGUACUUCUGAAGGCAGUGGUUUCAGGCCAUGUUCAGUGGUGCCCUUGGAGGAACCUUUAGGGGAGAGGUGGUGGUAAAGUUCAGCUGGGCCCAUCUGAGUGUCCAUCAACCUCCAAUUGGAGCUUCUGGCCACCAGUAUUGGUCCCUUUAACUGGAAGCCUCCAUGAUUACUAAAGCCUUGGGAAGGAAAUGACCACCUGAGGACCCUGCACAUCCCCAAGCCUGUAAAAUCUUAUAGUUGACCAUGUCUGCAACACCCCCCCAGCCCCCCCUUUUUUUUUUUCUUUCUCUAUUGAGUAUGCUGACAGGGCUAGGGAGGUAUGGCAGCAAGAAGAGAGGACCGUUCAUUUUAAUUUUUAAACAGAAAUUAUUUCAGAGUAAAUGCACAAAAUCAAUACCAAGCCAUAGGGAUCCUGAAAUAGGUUAUUUUCCUAAAGUAGUUGAGAACACCCUGAUCCUCAUUUACUCUCCCACUGAUGGGGAGUGGUGUGACUGGAUUCUUGAUGGACAGUAUAAUUUUUAAAUUUCCAGGUUUGCAGAGUCAGGGGUUAAAAUUUGUGUGCAUUGGCCUAUAGGAAAACUCAAGUGCUUGGGUCAAUUGUGAUACAGCCUGGGCUCCUGAGAUGGGAGCUAACAGAGCUCCUCUUGCUUGCUGUUACAGAGGUGCUGUGUGUGGUGAAGGAUGCAGAAACUCUUUGGCAAAUAGAAAUGGGAAACUUCAGCCGUGUAUGUGUCAGGAAGGGAGCACAAGGGAAUGUUUAGACACCGACUAAAUCUUUAGGUGCCUUCUACAUACACAUAAAGGUGGGUGGUAAAUUCUGGCCCUAAUAUGUUUGCCACUAAAGGAAAUUUCACAGCUUGGGUUUCACAGAGCUAUUUUGUAACAAUAGGUACAUCAUAAAGUUGUAUUUGAGCAACAAUCUGAAGCAUUCUGGGCAAUUUUCUGUGUACAACCUAUGUGAGAAGGUUUGAUUGAGAAAAUUUGGAUGAUUUAUCUGUUGUAUUACCCCUGCGUCUGAUUUAUUUCUUUGUCUCAAAUUUAUUUUCUGAAUGGAGUGAUUUUUGUAUAUGAAUUGAAAUGUCAUUUUAAUAGAUUAUUUUUAGAGGAAAAAUAUUUUCUUUGCGUAACGAACUUACACAGUAAGAACGUGUUUCCUACUCUGCAGAAUCAUCAAAUUGGGUCAUUUUAAGGCUGACCAGAGGUGUUAGAGGUGUAGUUUUGAAUUCUUUAUUUAAAUACAGGAAAAGUUUUUUUUAUAUAUAUAUUUUGUGAAAAUAGAUGGUAGACAGAGCUUCUCUAUGGAUCUGAACUUUACAAGAAUUUUAAUAAAAUAGGUGGACUUCCCAGCUUCCUCUGUGCUUCCGUUUUCUAGAUGAAAAUGCUGCUUCUGUUUAUUAAUCUAGUCUCUGUGAGAAAAGAAAAAUCAACACCUUUUCUUACAGUCUGUGGGUUUUAUCAUAGACAAUUGUAUUUGUGUGUAUGACCAAUCGUUCUCCUAUGUUGCACCUGAAUUUUGUUUUUAAGCCAUGUUUAUUGUAAAGAAAGCUGGUUGGGCCAGUACAAGCAUGUCUGAUGCUAGAAGGAAGUAAUUCCACCUGCUAGUUAAGAGCCCCCUACCUCUUCUUGCUACCUGAAUGAUUCUGAAAGCAGAUCAGAGAGGUUGUGCACACCUGUCCUUUGUAACUCACACCUUUAGCACUUCAUCUUAGUGUCUCUGGAGAGUUUGAAGUUGAAGAAUGAACAGUGAUUUCCCUGGACUCUCUCCAUCUUUGCUGCCCUGUGCAGCGUGCUGCUGAGCUUCCCCGGUUGGAAUCAUCUCUUUUCUGUGGGUCGCGGUGUCUUUUCUUUAUGAAUGAGGUGGGCUGAGUUGUAGAGUAUGGAAUUCAUUAGAAGCUUCUCUACAGGGAGGACCUCUGAAGCAUGUGGGUGGAAUGUUUCCAUGCCUCUAAGGUGAAUGUUAAAUUUAAAUUCCGGCUCUGGGAACUUUUUUUUUGCUUAUGAGCUACAGAAGUGAAGAAGAAACUGGGGUUGGGGGGGUGUGGAUUUGGUGUUUUCCUAUAUGGAAACAGGUGGGGCAGACUUCCUCAGGGGAGAACCUCGCCCAUCAUCGUGUGGGGGAAGGGAAGUGAUGAAUGUCAGAUGGUAACUUCUGUGUGCCCCAGCCUUGUACUGAAAACACACCUGUUUUCCAGGACGGUACAGCUUUUUGAGCUUUGCCUAUUGACUGUGGGAGCCCCAGAUAUUCUCAUGUUAGCCUGACUUUCCUGUUAUCUAGGUUGUGAGCAUUUUCCUCACUUUGGAACUCUGGCUUAUCAUGAUGGGGAUGCUGUCUCAAAAUCCUGAAACCGAGGCGAUAGCCCAUGCACAGGGGCUUGGAGUAGACACAACAUUGGUGUUGAUGUAGCUUAUGUAUUAAUAAGAGUUCCCAGAAACAGACGGGAUUGUGGGAAAAUGUGGCUUUAAAGAAAUCUUGUUAGUUUAUAACAUUUGGAGCAGCUGCUUUCCUGGGUUGCUAUUCUUUAGGAAAAAAAAAUCGUCUUUUCACACAGAUGGUACUGAUGGUAUCCAUAACAGCCUGGAUUGACGUCUAUCAGUCAAUAAGCGAGGAAUUAUAAUUUUUGCCUUACAAGUAUAUAGGCCAUUCUGUGAUGAAAUUUCCUAUCACGGUAUUGUAAAAAAAGCAUAACUUUAUCUUUCCCGUCUCCUUUUCCAUCUAAGAACCCAUUAAAGGAAGAGUAAGCUUUUGACGAACUUUGAAAUAUUUCUUUGAACCUGUGUUUUUGACCAAGGAAAUGACUGAGAUGCCAAACCAAGUGGUUUGUCACGUGGUUCCUAAGGGCUCCCCCCUGCAUCUUUCCUCUCACCACCCCAAAAAGGAAAAUGAAAUUGGGAGACUAAGUCAAACUUGAACUCCUCUGUUGACGAGGAGCCUUCACUUUGAUUUCCUAUCUCAGGACAUUCUUCAGUUUCAAACUGCUGCUGGGGAGGAAGGACCAGCUGCCAACCUUGUAACUGGUCUCCAGAUGUUUGUGCGUGUGUAUGUAAAACUUCACACCGUGUGUGUUGUGUUCAAUGUCGUGUCAAUCUAUGAACUGACUCAAGCAACCGUUUAAAGAUAGCAAUGACAGUGAUAAUGACAAAAAAAAAAAAAAAAUCACCCAACCAACUCUCUCUGUCAAAGUGUUGGCUGUGAACUUUCAUAGCUGGGACAAAUACUAUCCAUCAGCCUUCAGGAGCAAGGUGUCCCUGAAAGAAAUAAGAAAUGGUGUGUUGAUCUCAUAAGAAAAUGUACAACGAAUAAAAGACAUUUGGAAAAGCGA